AUGCGUGAGUGGGUGGUUGCUAUGGGAGCUGAGCACCUGGGUUGUGUUAGUUGCCUUUGUAUAAACCGUGGUGCUGAGUUCCCCGUUGGGUCGGCGCGUGACGAGGACAUCGAGGAACGGUUGUUUUCCGGCACUCUCUUCCUCCUUUGUGAAUUGGAUGUCGGAGAAGAUACCCUGAAGCAAGUUUUGGUAGUCCACUAG